AUGAAGACAGGGAGAAGAACACAAACUUUUAGAAUCAGUGGGGCUGUGCCUUUUUAUCCAAAUUUAGUGGUCAAUUCUGUAGGUGGCAGAAAUUUGGAGAAGUAUCAGCUUGGUGGGGUUAUAUUUGGUUGCAAGAACAACACAAUGAAAGAAUGCCAAUCAAAACUAAUCUUCGGUUUACCAGCAAACCACUUUUCCUAUGUGAAGAACAUUGAUCCUGGCCUUCCUAUUUUUCUGUUCAACUAUAGUGACAGGAAGCUCCAUGGAAUUUUUGAGGCAUCUAGCAAAGGGAAAAUGUACAUUGACCCUUACGCAUGGAUUGAUGAUAAUUCAGAAUUGGAUAGAACACAAUAUCCUGCACAGGUGAAAGUUCGUGUGCGUCUUCAGUGCCAGCCACUAUCUGAAGAUAUAUUUGCACCAGUAAUUGCAGGCAACUACUACAGUAAUAACCAUUUCUGGUUUGAAUUAGACCAUAGACAAGCAAACAAACUUACUUCAUUACUAGCUUCUUUAGCAUUUGCAUCUGGUUGUAAUUUGAAGUGGAAAACUGUGUCUCCAUCUCUUCCAUCAAAAGAAGGUGAAGCAUUUGAAAUACAUGAGUCAGAGACACAACAUUUUACAAGAUCAAAUAAGAGAACAUAUUCCACUGAAGUUACUUCCUCUUUAGAUGGAGACAUCAGAUCAUUGGAUACUCAAGCAGUAGUGGAGGAGGUUAGUGAGAAUGAGUUCAACCUUGUAUAUGAGAAGCUAAAGAAAAUGGCUCUUGGUCAUGAAAGUCAAGACCUCUCACUGUCAGACAAUGUGAAUGACACUCCUGAUGAGAAUGAUGCAUGCACAGUGGAAAAUGAUGAGAAUGAGAAUGACACUCAUGAUGAGAAUGAUGUGUACAUUGUGGAAAAGGAAUGUCAUGAGGUGCCAGAAUGUUUAGAGAAGGAAGAAAAUUCAAGUACUCCAAUUGAGCAUAAAUACUCCAUUGACAAGUUGAUACAAGAAGUUGAAGAACUCAUGACUUUCAAGCAAAUGCAAAUACAAAACAAUUGUCACCUUGAGCAAAAGCUGAGGGAGGCAGAAUUGAAAAUUCAGCAUCUAAUGGAUCGUUCUAAAAUCUUAGAAUCAGCAUCUAGUCUUAUUCAGACACAUGUUGAGAAGACAGUUAUUCAGUCACAUGAUGAGCAACAUAUAGAUCCUGAAGAGACAUUAUUUGUAAAAGUGUUUUUUGAUGCAGAAUGGUGGUUAUCAACUAUUGAUUUAUAUUGGUCUUUCCAGCUUAUGAUCAAGUCUCUCUAUCCUAUGAACUCAACCUCAAUGACACAGCUAAACUGUGAGUUUCAUAUGUCUUUUUUCUUUUGAUGAAAAAGAACA